AUGUCGAGAUCGAGGGCCGACUUCGAAAGCGAGGAGUUCAACGAAGAAUCCCCACUGAGCAAGAAGCGAAGACUCAGCAGCGGUAUCGGCGACGACGCCUUCGAAGGCUUGACCAGCUACGGCAACGGAGACGGGGGCGGUAGCACCUUCGCCAUCAACGACGACGACGACGAUGCCCUCGACGAAGGCGGCGCUGCUGCCGCUGCUGAUGCCACAAGCCCGGGCGGAGUCGGCAGCGGUGGCGGUGACGGCGGGGGCACAGCCGUUUGCAAGAACAAGAAGAAGCCGUGGAAGGUGCAUGCCAGUGCCGGCGGCGGGAAAAUGCACGACGCCAACCUGUACCGUCACUACCGCCCUGACUUCCGUGAACUGGCGAGAGAGUAUCCGGACACGUUCGGCCCCCACGUUCGGGACGACCCGGACACGGGUCGCGCGGCGAUCGACUGGGCGGACCCCGCCGCCAUGAGGGAGCUGACCCGCGUCAUGCUCCGGCACGACUUCGGGCUUCGGGAGUGGGACGCGCCCCUCGACCGCCUGUGCCCCCCCGUGGCCAACCGCCUCAACUACGUCUGCUGGCUCUCGGACCUCAUGAAGCUCUCGCCGCCGUCGUCGGUGUCAGCGCGGCGACAUUCUUCAUCGCCGGAGGAUGCGCCAGGCGAGGAAGGUGGGGGAGGGGGGAUGAACUUGGCGCAGAGGAACCUGCUUCUGUACGGUACCACGCGCGGGGUGGAGGAGGAGGAUGGCGGGGAAGGCAUGGCCGUGUGCGACGACAACGACGACGACGUCGACGGCGACUUGGACCAGGCGACGGGGGGGGCGAAGAAGCCUAGCCGUAGAGGCGUCGACGUGGGCACGGGGGCGUCUUGCAUCUACCCGCUGCUGGGUGCAAAGGUGGCGGGGUGGUCGUUCCUGGCGACCGAGAUAGACCCCGUUUCGGCCGAGUGGGCAGAGAAGAACGUUCGUUCCAACGACUUGCAGGAGAAAAUUGAGGUUCGGCUGGUCCCGUCGCCUGCGGAUAGUGGCGAUGACGAGGCUGCGCCCGGGCCGCUGCUGGCCGCACUGAGGGAAGAAGACGGGGACUUCGACUUCUCCAUGACGAACCCGCCGUUUUUCGAGUCUGCAGACGAGGUGGCGUGCCACGGAGGGGAGGUGGCCUUCGUGACGGCCAUCGUCAGGGACAGCCUCCGCCUCAGGGAGCGGGUGCGGUGGUACACGAGCAUGGUCGGGAAGAAGGCCAACGCAAAGAAACUCCUGCGGGUCUUGCGAGAGGCCGGCGUCAAGAACACCCGGACGACGGAGUUCUUCCAGGGCAGGACCGUCCGAUGGGGGCUGGCGUGGUCGUUCACCUCGGAAGGCAUGGUCGGCGGCAAGGUCCCGGACGACCCCAACGUCAAGGUGCUCUCCAAGAAGAAGGCCGCGGACAGGACGCAGCACAACCUUCGCAGUUUCUCGGCCCCGCUCCGCCCCCCCUCUCCCGCCGACACGCCAACCGGCGGUGGAAACCCCGGCAAGGCUGCCGAAGAGAUCGGCGGGCGAAGCGGUGGAGCGGACCACCCGGUCGUGAAGAUAACCGUCCCGGCCAACCUCCCCAAGGACGCGGACGACGUCGUGGCAAGGCUGAAGAGCUCGAUGAUGGCCUUCAAGCAGGCCGACGUCAAAGUUCGAGCAAGCGACGAGGACUCCAGCACCCCGACCGUCGCCGAUGGUGCCCACCGCUUUUGGUGUGAGGCGCGUCUGCGUUCCGCCGCCGCGGGAGGAGCAGGAGCAGCAGCACCAGCGGAGCAGGCGACGACAACCACAGCAGCGAUCGCCGCUACCCCUCUGCUCUUCGCGUUUGAGCUGGAGGUCCACUGCGCGGCGGAAUGGGCCGGCACAGCCGCGGCACGGGCCGCGGUUCAGGUGUGGGCGCGGUUCCAAGAGGGAGGCGACAGAGGCGCCUUCCACCGCCUGUGGGAAACGCUGCAGAUGGACGUGCUCAGACAGAACAGGCGCUGGAGGAGGGAGAUGACUAGGGAGGCUGCCGGAGGACGAUGA